ACAUGUCUAAUAUCCAGGAGGGCAGCUUGAGGCAGUUCCUGCUGGAGGCAGUGCCCAUUCUAGCUCACCAGCACCUAGAGGCAGUGAUCUCCAGCCUCCUCAGCAAACGUCUGCCGAUGGACAGUGACACCACUGAGCUGUGGAGAUCUCUGGGGGGAGACCCCUUGCUUGCCACUCAAGUCCUACAGGUCCUAAUAGAAAAAAUAAAGACAUCAACAAGCCAAGAAGGAAGCGUCACCUCAGAGACUGAAACUGACAGGCAUUUGGCAGUUGCUGAACCUCUCUCAGCAACAUGUGCCAUCUUUGAGGUGGUAUCAGCACUGCAGUCGAGCAAAGCUGUGCAGGAGCUGCUCCCAGAGUUGUUUCCUGUUCUCCUGCAGCAGGUCAGCCGAACUUUAGGCCAAAAGAUGCCUUUGCCAGUGAUCAGCAGUCAGGAGUCAUUCCAAAAAGACCGACAACAUACUGAAGGCAACCCUUGCCGGUUUUCUGUCCAAGCAUUUGAAUCCAUGCUUUCCAAAGUUGGGAAUGUGAGACUGAUGAGAGAACUCAGGGAGCAGGGAACGUGGAUUCUACUUGAAAACCCCCAGACUCACCAUGAGGGAGUGUGUCUGCUGGUGAGAGUUCUGCUAAGAUCUGAACUAGUAACACCUGAGAUCAUCCAGAGCCUCCUCGCCUGGGUGAAUUCCCCGACAGAAAACUACCGAGUCACCAGCACAGCUUUCCUUGCCCAGCUAAUGAGUGAUCCCAUGCUCAGGGAGAAGACGUUCCUUAAGAGUGUCUUACGCGUCUUGGAAGAAAGGUCACAGGAUAGGAACAGCAUUGUCCGUCAGAUGGCUGUAAGAGGCCUGGGAAAUAUAGUCGAUGGGGCGCCUCAGAAGGUGAAAAAGCACAAGAAGUUUCUUCUGGACAUACUGAUCCGGGCCUUACAUGACAUUUUCAGUUCUGAAGUGAUUGGCGAGAGCAUGAAUGCACUGGCCAAAGUCCUGAAGCAACUGAAAGAGAAGGACAUCGGUUCUUCCUUCAGAGACCUCACCCAACAGAUCCGGACCUACUUUGACGAUGAGGAUGAUGCUCUUCGCUCAGUGGCCUUUGUCUUAUUUGGCAUCCUGGCUCAGUUGACAAAGAAAAAAUGGAAGGCCUAUUUCACCGAGCAGGUUCAAAAGAGCUGGGUCACGCUUCUGCUGCACCUGCAAGACCCAAACCCCCAGGUUUCAAUGAAAUGCAGAGCUACAUUUCACCUCUGUUUCCCGUUUUUGGGACUGAAGAGACUCCAACAUGUGAUUAAUAAGCACCUUGAUGACACAGCCAAGCUGAAUGCUACAGAACUCCAGGAGGACAUUUGCAGACACCUUGCCAAAGAGAACUUAGAACUGCUGGAGAACUUAUACAAAACCACUCUCACGUACUUCUACAGCAGCUUGGAAGGGAUCCGGGCAGCUGCCGCCAAGUUAGCUGGCAUCAUCCUGGAACACAUAGACAUGCACCUUAUGAAAUGGCUGUACCGGGGAUAUCUGCUGAUGUAUCUCCAGGUCCUAGAGAAAGAUCCAAGUCCCACUGUCCAGCUGGUGGCAACUGAGAUCAUAAGUGACAUCCGUUCUGGUGGAGUCCUUGAGAAAUGAAGCGGAACGGAGACAAACAGAACAAGGCGCUCCAGUAGUAUAAGGGCCCUACCAUUAAUCAAAUGUUAAUCCCACCCCUUGACCCAAUAAGCCCUGCCCACUGGUCAGCAGAAGACCCACCCCAUGGGGUAUUACUUCUGGGGCCAAGGCGGACACAUGACCAGAAGCAAUAUGUGUCAUGUGACCCCUCUAAGAAUUCCUCUCACUGUCCUCUACCAAUCAGGAUGGGUUUCGCCCCAAUAGGAAUGUCCCGAGAGAAGGUUUGACCAAUCAGGGGGAGCUCCGGGGCGGGUGACCUGUCCGGAAGUGAUUUGUGUGACCCCUCUAAGAACUCCUCCCACCACCGUCUACUGAUCAGGAGGGGUUUCAGCCACUGGGGAUCACCCCAAGAGGAGAUUUGACCAACGGGGGGGAAUUCUGGGGUGGGGUGACCCAUCCGGAAGUGCUUCAUGUGACCCCUCUAAGAACUCCUCCCACCACCCUUUACCAGUUGUGAUGGGUUUCAGCUGCAGAGGUCUGCCCCAAGAGGAGAGUUGACCAAAAUAGGGUAGGUUCUCGGAAGGAGUGAACCGCCCAGAAGAGGGUCAUGUGACCCCUCUAAGAACUCUUUCCAAUGUCCUCUGCCAGUCAGAGUGCAGCACAAUCACCCCAUAAAUCCCAGCGCUGGGCAGAGGAGGCCAUCUCUUACCAAGGAGACAUGUUUUAUGAAUUAUGGAAAGGCUGAGAGGAGACAUGGACUCCUUUACCACCCCCCUGAG